AGCUGCAGGCUCCCUGUUGCGCACUUGGCGGAACUUACAAUCAGAGCGCGGCGGCUCCACGCGUGGACUGAACUAAAAAUGAGAUUCCCACGCUGAUAUUUACGCUCAGCUCUGUGAAUGGAUUCCUAUCGAUCCGCUUUAAUGAACGGAGAUCAAUCCAGCCGGUGCGUCUGAGUGCACAGAGACUUUACGCAUCCCCGGAGCGCAGCGGGACAGUCGAGGUGCUGCGUCCUCUUUCGUGUUUACCUGCUCCGUGUUUUCUGGAAGGGCUUUCUGGGCGUGGAGGUGGUUCCUAAAAGACAGUCAGCAGCAAAGUCUGGAGCCGUGACCUGUCUCAGUCUGUCUGAGAGAGGCUCACCGGUGCCAUGAAGACCUGAGGCGGGGUGACCCCUAUGUGUGUCUGUCUGCACCCGAAAAAGCUGCAGACAUUGGUGUUGUGUGUACGGAUCUGUGCGAAAACACCGUGCUGAGUUUAAAGCACCGUGGAAAGCCAAACAGCAUGGUCCAAUCGUCUCUGUGCUUCCUGGGAGGCCUUUUGGGCCUGUUUCUAAUGGCUCCUGUUCUGAUGGCUUUCACGCCAGCCAGCAUGUGCACGCCCUUGAAGACACUCAACGACAGCCUCAGUCACAGGCGGCGGUACAUGAAGCACAACUUCCCCAUCAACUACUCCAUCCGAGUUCACCACAAGGAAAUCUUUAAACUGGCAAAUAUUAGCAAAAUGAUGGAAGGAUUGGAUGAGCUAGUUCUCCAGAGGCUGUGGUUUCAGGUCAACCAAGGCAUCUUAAAAAAGAUCAUCCGGGUACUGCCUGAGAGACAUCCCUCUCGUCCGUACACAGCGGAGUUAGAGAGACGGUUCAGGGAUGCUGAAGGAGUCUUUGUUCAGUCCCAUCCUGCUGAGGUGUUCCAGCAGGAGCUUCCAGAGAUGAUCCAAGACAUUUGGGAUCAGUUAACAGAGGAGCCCGGCAGGGUGCCGGAGUCCAGCUGGAGGUUUGCUUCUCCAAAAUUCCUGGUGGACAACUUGUGCCACACCAUGUACUGCCUUUUCUGGGAGUGCUUUUCCAGCACAGAAGCUUCUCAGGACUACUGUAAAGUCUCUCAUUCAAAGAAAGGCAGAAAGACGUUGAGCCAAAAAGCCGAGAUGGAUCCUACAGAGCCUACAGAGUGAUGACUUCCUUGUUCAUACUGCCCAGAGACUCCAGUGAUUAUCCCUCCUGACUUCAGGGUUCUCAGUAAAACCCAUUUCCGUCAUUUCCCAAUGUACCAAACAGAGCCAAGAUUGUUGUAUUGACAGAAAACCUUGGCACGCCUCCACUGAGAUUUGAUAGAACAUUUUGUCACGGUGAUGCCGCCGGUGAUUAAUUUCAGAGCGUAUGGACCCUCCAUGAAGCUGAAAACACAGGUAUACAUCAGGACUUCAGUUAGGAUGCUGGAUAUUUUCCCCGCUUGAGGACAUCUCUUGCUGAGGACAUGCUUCUGGUAACUCAUCUAUCAGAUGUGUUUCUGUUUUCACGUUAAUAAUGAUCAAUGCCUUAUUUUCGGAGAUGGAUUCUUUGGGAGGGAGCUUCUCACUGAGAAGCUAACAGAAAGAGGCAAACUUUGUACCAUAGCUAAACAUUCCAAUAUAUCAUGUUAUUUAAAAACAAAUGUUUUAAAGCUGUGCUACAGGCCUGGAUUGCAUAACCAAAAACUGUCCAAAAAGUAUGUUCAUUUUUAUUCGAUGUUCCGUGUAUUUAUGUUUUUUAUCUGUGCAAAGAGGAAAAAAAGUGAACUUGGUCAACUGACAGCAUAUUUAUCUUCCUUCUUUUGAACUGUGUGUUCAGUAUAAAUAUGUUUCAGUUUGUUUUUUACCAGGUAUGCCAUGAUUUGAAAAACUGUUUUGUGGAAAAUGAUGAUGAAAGAUGUAUAAUUGGCAACCGAGUCUAGUUUGAGGCUUUUGAGUUUUGAAAGGAAUCUGGAGAGGCACCAAAUUUGUGCCUUUGCGAAACAUGACGAGAGUCGAGAGUUUGGUUUUGAUACGAAAAUUAGAGAAUCUUCAAACUGAGAUUUUACUAUGAAGACAUCAGUGUUCCCUGGAAUCUCUGGCUAAGCUUUCACAACUCCUAAUCCACAAGAAACAUAUGAUGACAAAGAGCCAAGCAUACAGUGAAAUCAGAAUAAAGCAAGCAGCAGGUAAAGAGACUGUUACUUCUAUGCAAUGAGCUACAAAAGCUUUGGUUGGGCAGACUGUCACUUCCUGAGCAGAACGUUGCAGAACGUCUUUUCUAGAACAGCCUUAGAAACACCAUAAAUUCUCCAAGGCAUUGACCCACUCACUCCAUUCAUCUGAUGGAGCAUUAAGCCAAGACCCACAGAGUACCCAAAGUAGUAGCUGUCAACUUCCCAGAAUUACUUCACAGGAACCAUCUCGGAGGUCCGAGUCCAGAGGUGUUAAGAACUGUUUUUAACUACCUAUGUAGUUACAGAGAAGGUUUUUUUAAGGCUACCAUGAGGCUGGUUGUUGAUGGUGUAAGGCGCAACCUGGCUGUUUCAAGUUUCAAAGAUUUUAAUUUUAGAUCUUUUUAAAGAUCAAUCUCAUCAUGCAAUGUAACCCUGGUCAUUUAGGUUCCUAAUGAAUUCAGAAGUCCCUGAAAACAUCCAGUGACUUACUUCAGACCAGACUUUAGUUAAUGGGUGUAAGAAGUAGACCCCCUUAGCAUCACAUCUGUUUCACUUUAAGUCCCCAAACAGAAUGGACAGAAGUAUUUUAUAUAUAACACGUUAUAACUCUAAAACCCAGGCACCUUCAUUUACCCUGGCUGUUUUUUGUCAGUGUUUAUAGUUUUUUGUUUUUUUUUUUGGCCAUUACGUCAGCAGACCCAGAGGUGUAACUCCACCCACCGCAGCCGUGUCAACGACAGCAACUCACACAUUUAAAGAGAUUUUGCUGAUGUGGACUUCUGUGUUUGCUCACUUCUGAGGCGAGAGCAGAGACGGCUUUCAUUAAAACGCGAUGGUUCAGCCAUAAACUUGUAAUCAUUUCACAGCGCUUACACUAUGGAACUGAAUUAUAAUCACCCCAAAGUCAGAGGAAGAUUUUCAAAUUCACUGAUGUUUAGUUAAAAAAGCCUGAAAGGGGUGUAUCAAAGGAACAUAAGACCAGCAGCAGCGCCUUGAUUGAUUCAUGAUGCACAGGGUUUGUGGUUGCUGUAAACGGAGACCGACUAUUUAAAAUCUGACAGUUAAAGUUACAAUAAUUUAAGAUGAUAUGACUAAAUCAUAAUGCUGAAAAAAAUUUCAACCAAAUCGAAAUACUUUGCACUCUUUCCUAACAGGACUCCAACCAAAAUUGUCUGGUAAAUACAAAAAGUACAAACUCUCUCUCUAUAUAUAUGGGCUUUCUUAGGGGAUAAAUUCCUGCCCUGGUCAAUUAUUUUUACCCUCCUUAAUGCGGUGGAAACACAGGGGGGUAAAAUGGCCCAGGAAAACUACUCUGGUUCCUGGAAAAUGUUCCUGCUGUGGAAACGUCCCUUUACCUUUUAGAUUCUGUUUUACACGUUGGCCCUUAUUUUGGAGUCGGAAGGAGCAGUGGUUGACCUGGACUACUGUUAAAUGGGACGUCCUUUUUGGAAAUCCAUCCAGCAUCGGGUGGCGCUGAUCCGACCAUUUCUUUCUGAAGUUCCAGUAUGCCGUCCUCAUUUAUAAUCUCUGGCAUAUUUUUGUGAUUGACUGCAACAUAAUAAAGAAAUACAGGAAAACAAAGAGGUGAUCAAUACCUAGAAAUGCUGGUAGACCGCAAUGAACUAAAUGAAGCAGGUGUGGAAAAAUGAUGGCUUGCUUUACUUUUUCUGCAUAGCAUAGCACCCUGAGAUUGCUUUUGUUCUCAUUGACGCUAUAUAAAGAAACUAAAUUAGACUGAAUUAAAUGACGACUCAUUUUUUCUAACUAGACACCUGCUGUUUGGAAUUUAUUUGUGGGGUAAUAUAUCCCGGUCCCGUUGCUCUCCCGCUACAAAACAACAGUAAACUUAGGAACGGGGAUAGGUCUGACAUCAGAUCAUCAAUUUAUUGGUCACUUGCUUCACUGUGCUCAAAUAUAUUCUGCUGACAAGUGUAGAAAGGUUACACUUUUAUAGAAACUGUAAAAGAUUUGGGCGUUUUUCCCACAGAUCCAUUUAGCGUUGCACGGGGCUGGUGGCUAUUUUAAGCUUUUAUUGGGCAGGAGGCGGGGUACACCACAGAGAGGUGAUGCCGGUCUGUCACAGGGCAACACAAAGACACACAGGACAAACAACCCUGAACCAAACUCUCAUACCUAAGGGCAGUCAUGUCUACUGAAUGUGGGGAGAAGGCCAGAGUACCUGGAGAGAACCCACACAUGCACGGGGAGAACAUGCAAACUUCAUGCAUACUUCAUACUUUUAAUUAAUCUGACCUACCUGUGAAAGAUUCUGCUUAAAGCUGGCAGUUUGCUUGUUUAUUUCACUUCAAGUCCUGAGCCAAUCUGGCAGUAAACGUUCUGACUUAAUGCACACAGACAAAAAGGCAAAAGGUCAAUCUGUACAUGGAGCCAGUAAAUUUGUAACAUCUGGGCUGAGAACAUUGGGCAGUCUGGUUUUGUCAAACCUGAUUUAACAACAUAAAAAGCUGAGAAUAAAUAUAUAAUGGUUUCCAAUCCAACUGUACAUCUCUGUGGUGUUUUACUUAAACACUCUGGAUGACAGUAAGUCAAAAACCCAGUGACUGCGUAUAUUAGAUCGUAAUCUUUGAUUGGGACGUGGAAGAAAUCCAGAUUAAUGUUUCUCAGUGUUUUUACCUCAAAAGCAUGACAAGUUUGUUGUUAAUGAGGUUUACUCUUCAUGAUCAAACAAAGUGAUAGUUUUCUACUUAAAUACAUGCUGAAAUAUCCUGUUAAUUUAUGUGCAAGAUGUCAUGCUCCAUGAAUGUCAUUAAUUUGAGACUUUAUUUAUUAAAAUUUUUUAUUUCAAUGUACAAAAGCAAUGAUUUUUAAAACCAAAAACUUGAUGUGCAAGACUAAAUUCAUUGUGGAUUUUGAGUAAUUAACACAGCUUUAAAAAUUCUACAUACAAGCUCAAAUAUAUACAUACACCCCUACAACCGCAGGCUUUUUGUAGCCAUUAACAAGCUUCUGGCAUCAUUCUGGGUGGAUAUUUGACCACUCUUGAGUUAGCAGAGCCCAUUUUUUAAACUUGUUGGUUUCCUGAGACAGACUCCGUUUUUUUGACACAGUCCACACAUUUUUAUCAGAGAUAAGGUCAGCGCUUCGGGAAGGCCGUUCCUGUAGCUGAAUGUAAUCCUGCCUUAUCCAUUCAAAAACCAGUUUGAAUGUGUGUUUGGGAUUAUGGUCCUGUUGGAACAACCAGUUGUGUCCACUUUUCAAUCUAACUCAGGGUAGCCCAAGUCCAGUCCUUAACAGCUAGUAUCCUGCAACUUCUGGAUGCAUCUCUUGUCACAACUGAAUCACAUGGAUAAAUUCCUUCAUCAGCAUCUCAUUUAGCUCUGCAGAGGUCCAAUAACAAACCAUUCAUUUGAUUCAGAUGUGGUGAAGUUAGAAGAAUUUGGAGAUAGUUCUCCACUGGGAGCUAAAAAGCCCCCCAGUACAGUGUUGCCAUCACCAUGCUUGAACAGUGUUCUUUGGCUUGAUAGCCUGAUCUUGACACCUACUUCUUGUCAUUGUGGCUAAACAGCUCAAUCUGUCUUGAUUCGCUAUAAAACUUUUCUCCAGGAUCAACUCGCCUGUCCAUGUAGGCAGCUUCGUAUUUCAGUCUGGCUUGAUGGUGUCGAUUUUAUAGCAGGAACUUUAUUCUUUGUUAGCACCCUCUAAAUCCAGGGUGAUGUUAAACGAACUUCACCGUGGAGAGUGACACUGGUGUCCCAGCAGUUUUCAGUUUAUGGCAGUCUUGAUCGGUUGUCCCUGAACCUUCAUCUGAGGGGGGACAGUUUAGGUCUUCUUCCCGACCUUGACAACAUGGUUACACAACUCCAAAAAUUGGACCUAUGUACAAUUCUUCAAUGCUCUCAUUAUGUGUAAAUACAUUCUGUUUCUCAGAUCUUCACUAAGUUAAUUUUUCCAUUGUUCUGCGAAUUCUUUACUCCACUGAGUUCCUUUUCUGCUUCUAAAAAGAAACUACUUGCUACAUUCAGUCAAAAUCACCAACCAGAGAUUACUAGGCUUUGGCCCUUUCAAGUAAGAAGACGUUUUAAAACUUUCAGCUCAAGUUAUUAAAAGAUCUGAGUGGAUGUAUGUGUAUAAUUGAGCCUCUCACUGUGUUAAAUCAUAGAAAUUCAAACAUUUCAUGUUUUUCAAUAUUGUUGCAGUUGUGUGUGGUAUAAGCAAUGCAUCCUGCAAAAAGAAUGGUAUAAAUAAAUCUUUAAAGCAUAAAGGUGACAUUAGUGUCCACAUGGACCACAUUAUGUGUAGUAAACCAAACCUAAAUCAUAAUACCGUCACCACUAUGUUACACAGAUGGUUUUCUUUUUAUUGUUUCAGUUUCCAUAUUAACAGUAAAGUAGCACCCCUGUUUUUUACAUAAACUGUGGUAUUGAUUCACACCUGAGUGUGAACUAACUCAAGGAACACAUCUUGCUGUAUUUACCUCAAAUUCAUCUCUGGUCUUAGAGGGUCAUUAACUUUUUGCUUGCUAUCAAUGAUGGUUAUUUGGUAUGAUAAACUAGGAUUGUAAAAAAUUAUACUUUAACAAAUUGAUUACUUAGGUAAAUUUUUGUAUGCAUGACAGAAGUCACCUCAAGAUGAUUUAGGACAGAUAAACAGGUGUAUUUCACAUAAUUAUUAAUCCAAUUUACUCUUUUAGAUCAUUGCUCCACAAGACCUACUUCACAACAUCUGAAAUAAUGACCUCAAAGUUAGCUGUUUUUUGUUUUUGUUUAUUAGAUUAAAUUGGGUUUUUUAUUGAAAGGUUAUGAACAGAGGAAUGCUUGCAGUGAAAAUACAAAGCAAUUCAUUGCAUCCUGAGAAUAAAACAUUUACUGACAAAAGCAGUCCAGUACCACGUUAAGCACUCUGAAGGCUUGGUGCACAUGUUUGUCCACAUGUAGACGAGCAAUGAGAAUGUAGAUGAUUUUUAAGGAGCAUAUGCACCUAGAAUGGCCACCAGAAGGCGUGGGGAGUGUCAUCAACAUGGUUACAGGCAGUUACUGGAGCGUCCAAAGGUCAGUCAGAACAGAGAGUGAUCCGUACCAGCUCUAUGUGCGUAAUCUCCAUCCACAACGCCUGCAUGGGGACCACCCUGCAUCCAAAUGGGGCCAUUCGGUGUGAGCGAUUAAUUGUUUUUAUCCGUUACAAAUAGGAUUUAUUGGAGCAACUAAAAUCUUUUUGAGUUUAGUUUUUUUUGAAGACUCGCAGCUGCAGGAGACUGGUUUUAGUUUCAUCCUCAGACAAACAGGAGGCUAAACGGUGGAAUCAUGUUGUUAUUGGAUGUCUUGCAGUGGCACAGAUGUUAACUUGAGGCACAUGGUUAAUUUCCUGUAACUCCUGUCAAGAUGGUUUGUUUAUGCUUGGAUUACCCCCGUGUAACUCUUUGGUUCACUUGGUUUUUUAUUUCUCACAGUUUGAAGCAGAGCUGCCUUUAAAAAUCCCUGCUCACAAAAACCACAACGGUUUAGGUUUCAAGACUGCAGUUGGAAAUAAGUUGAUUAGAAAUGCGUUUCUUGUUCAAUUCAAGUCAUUUUAAACACCUUUCAGCUUCACAUUUCGCAUAAAAGUUUGGAUUAAAUUCUAAUCUAGGAAAUGCUUCUUUUUGCAUAAAGUCGAUGCAGUUAGUUUUGCAGGUCUAAUCACGUUGUUUUUUCAACAGCUGGGGGUAUUUAAAGCUGGUUCCCAUAUGUAAGAAAACGUGACAAUGUGCACAACAAAUUAUAUGUCUGUAUAUUUCCAAAUAAAAUGAUCUGAGUGCUUGUUUUUUUUUUUUUGUGCUUCAGAAAUCAGAUGUAACUGUGGGGUUCUGUUUAUGUAACGGCAGGAGCAGCUGGUUUCUCUGUGGUGAUGACAAAGUGACAACAGAAAAAAAACUACAAAUACAUAGAUGUUUGUGGUCUCACAGAUUUUUGUUUCCUACACAAGAUAUUGAAUAUUUAUUUUUUGCAAGUAGUGUAUAAUGCUUUGUGACAGUUCUUUUAUGAAAUAAAUAUGAAAAUAAAUCAAUAUUUUUAUCAUCUAA